AUGACUGAAAAAGAUGUUUCUAAUGUUAAUGUUAAUUUUGUUGUUAUUUGGUUAGAUAAAGAUGUUAAUAAAAGACAAGAAAAUGAAGAUACAAGAGCACUUUUACGUCUUGCUGUUGGAAAUCAAUUAAAAACAUUUGAUAAUCCUGAUCAAUGUAUUGAUUAUAUGACAACUGAACAAAUGAAAUUAGUAUUUCUUAUAAUUUCAAAUGCAUAUGGUCAUUAUCUCGUACCAAUGAUAUAUCAGAUACCACAAAUUCAAACCAUAUAUAUUUUUUGUGUUAAACGACAAUUAGCAGAAAAAUGGGCUAAAGAAGAUUUUAAAAUUUCUGGUAUAUUUACAGAUAAAAAAAUUUUAGUUGAUAAAGUUCGUGAUGAUAUACAAGCAUGUAAUAGAGAUAGUCAUAUACCAAUGAGUAUAUUUCAUAUGGAUGAUCGUCAAAAAAUAAUACGUGAUUUACAAGAAGAUAGUGCAAAAUUUAUGUGGUAUCAAUUAUUAAUUAUUGUUUUACAACGUUUACCAACAUCAAAAUAUUCAAAAGAUGAAAUGAUUUCUGAAUGUCGAGUGGUUUAUCAUAAAGAUCCAAUUGAACAAGAUAAAAUAAAUAAAUAUGAAAAAGAAUAUAUUGAAUCAAAUGCUAUUUGGUGGUAUACAUAUGAUUGUUUUAUAUAUCGUUUAUUAAAUAAAGCAUUACGUACACAAAAUAUUGAUGUUAUAUUUCGUUUUCGAUUUUUUAUUCAUGAUCUUAAUAAUCAAAUUAAACAACUCUAUUUAGAAUAUUUACAAAAUCAUCGUCCUAUAUCAGAACAUCGUUUAAUUGUUUAUCGUGGUCAACAUUUAAGUAUUGAUGAACUUAAUAUACUUCAACGUAAUAUUAAUGGACUUGUAUCAAUGAAUACAUUCCUUAGUGCAACAUUAAAUAUAGAUAUAGCACUUAUUUAUGCAGAGACUGAUCCUAAAUGUGCAGAAACAUCACAAAUACAAUCCGUUCUUUUUAUUAUUGAUAUAUUUAAUAUGAGUGAAGAGACAACAGCAUUUGCUCCUAUUGCACGUAAUUCUUGUAAUGCUGAAGAAGAAGAAGUUCUUUUUACAAUUGGAGCUAUUUUUAAAGUUAUAUCUGUUGAAAGAAAAGAAAAUCGAUGGGAUAUUCAUUUACAAUUAAGUAAAGAAGAAAAUAAACUCUAUCGAGAUCUUUCACAUCAUAUUAUAAAACAAAUUGGAUCUGAAGUUAAUUCAUUAACACUUGGAUGGUUUUUAUAUCGAAUGAGUGAUUAUAGUAGAGCUGAACGUUAUGCUCAAUCAUUACUCAAACAACUUUCAAAUAAUGAUAAAGAAACUGGAAAUACUUAUAAUCUAUUAGGUUUAAUUCAUAAGGAGACAGGUCAUCUAGUACAAGCUAUUGAUUAUUAUAAGAAAGCACUUGAAAAUUAUACUUAUACUAGACCACCUAAUAGUCCUCAAGUUAUUGCUACUCAUUAUAAUCUUGGUUUAGCUUAUCUAGCACUAGGAAAUAAAGAACUAGCGACUGAACAUCAAGCAAAAGCUAAAGAACAAUUAAUUAAUUCUUCACAAACAGAUAAAUCAUUACUUGCAGUUAUGACUGAUGGUCUCAAAGCUAAAUUGGAUAUAGCAGAUGGAAAUUAUACUCGUGCUUUUAAAAGUUUUGAAGAAGUAUUAGAAAGAAAAAAAAAUACAUUACCAUCAGGACAUCCAUCAUUUGCAUCAACUUUAAAAGAAAUGGGUAUUAUACAAGAUAAAAUGAAUAAUCAUAAAAAAGCACUUGAAUAUUUUAAUGAAGCAUUGGAUAUUUGUCGUAAAUGUUUAACAGAAUAUAAUACUGAUGUAGCAGAUUGUCAUGAAAAAAUUGCUCAUAUACAUUAUAAACGUAAAGAAUAUUCAAUUGCAUUAAAACACUUUGAAAAAGCUUUAGAUAUUAUCAUAUAUAUAUCAAGAGAGGAUAUUGAUCAUGUAGAAGAUAUACAAAAAUGGAUUACAAAGACACAAAAAAUGAUGAAUCAUCAGAAAAAAAACUAA